GACAAAAAUGGAAACACACCAGCAGUGUGUGAGGAGACCUGAAAGUGGCACAUGGCAGAGUGUGGCGAUGAGAGACAGCACAAUGGGAGGCCGUACAAGGACCCAUGACAGACUCUGGACUUGGCAGCAGCAUGAGGAGGCGGUACAGGGGCCCAUGGCAGAUUAGGGGCCUGGCAGCAGAUAUGGGAGGCCUGUAAUCUGCCAGCACCCUAUGUCAAAAAAUUGAACACACCAGCAGUGUGUGAGGAGACCCUGAAAGUGGCACAAUGGCAGAGUGUGGCGAUGGAGACAGCAGCAAUGGGAGGCCGUACAGGGACCCAUGAGAGACUCUGGACUUUGGCAGCAGCAUGA